CGUCCCUGCACUGAGUCACGUUUUGUUUGAAAAUGGCGGCCGCGACAACACUCGAUCGUGCAAAUGAGAUUCUUGAUGACGAAGCUCUGGCGGAAGAGAAACUUCUGGAAGAGCUGGAAAAUGAAGAAAUCCCUUCUCACUUACGAGAAGCCAGGCUACAGAGUCUGAAGAAUGAGGCUGAGCAAUUUAAAAUGAUGAAGCAGAAAAGUCAUGGCAUGUACACUGAGAUCAUGGAGGAGAAACAGUUUUUGGACAUGACAACUAGUGAAGAUCGGUGUGUCGUUCAUUUCUUCCAUUCUGACUUCAGACGAUGUGCAAUAAUGGAUACACAUUUAGAGAAACUUUCAAAGACAUAUUUUGAAACAAAGUUUUCAAAGAUUAAUGUUGAUAAUGCAAAAUUCUUUGUGGAGAAACUAAAGAUAAGAAUGCUGCCAGCUCUAAUAUGUUUUAACAAAGGCAUAGUAUGUGACAGAGUGAUUGGAUUUGAAGAACUUGGAAACACAGACAGCUUCCAGACGAUGUUGUUGGAGAAGAGACUAGGGAAAUCAGGAGUGAUCGACAUCCCAGAGGAGUUCAAAACAAAGAAGACGAUAUUUGGUCAUAGUAAAAUGCACACAAACGAUGACAGCAGUGAUGAUGACGAUUAGAUAUUUAAUAAAAAUAUAUACAAAAAUAAGCUAACCUUACUUAAUUUUUGAUUUUGUGAUUAUAAGCUAAUCUGAUCAUCGAUUUUAUACAAAAUACAUGUAUGGGGUAAAUACACAUUGUGUACGCUGUCCAUGUAAUCACUGCCGAGAUAACAAUUUCAUAACUUCAUUAGGCUUGUCUAGUUUUAAAAUGGCCAAUAAAACACAAAACUAUUGUAACACAAUCAAAGCAACAUAGACAUUUGUAAAUCAAUAUCUGGCUAGAUUUACCAAGAAUUUCUACAAAUAUUACAUGUUAAUUUGUUGAUGUGGUAAAUUGAGGCGUACUAUCAAUAUGAUACAAUGAAAAAAAAAAUUGUCAAACAAGUUUACCUGUAGGAUGUCGGGUAGGCAUUUAAAACAAAUUAGAUAAUUGAAUUUGACCUCUAUUUCAUUAGAAUAAAUGUCAAGGUUGAAAUCUCGUUCUAUUACUGGUUUGCACAUGAAAGACAAUAAAACCUCAUACAACAAGUUGGACCAUAUUUUAUUCAUAAAUUGGUCAAAUAUUUGACAACCUGGAAAUAUAAUAAUUAAUUACUUAAAAUAGCAUAUUGUAUAGUACAUAACACCAACAAAAUAUAGCACUACUUAAGUGUUUAAGUUAAACAGACAUCCAUUGUAAUCAUAGAACUAGAUCUGCAUAAAUGGUCGAGCUUCAUAAACAACAUCCGAAAAUCUGCUCAACACCAUCUAGACUGUACUCUGGUUGUAUUUUCCUUUUUCACAUUAAAAUCUACAGUAGUUUUUUUGUUUUCAUUGGUUAAGAAGAUGCAUGUCCUUCGAAUUCCCGGUAAUACAGAGGUGGCAGGUGGCAAAACCUACAUCUGGAAUUUUUAACACAAGAAAGCA